CAUAGCUUCACGGUGAAACAUAUCACUUCACGGUAGUAUAGGUAUUAGGUACUAUGAUAGGUACCGGCGACGUGUCGUUUCUCGAAUCGAGCCACUCCAAGUGUCCAAGUGUCCAAGCCAAUGCCAAUAUGUACAUAUGCCCACCAAAACGGCCCCGGCCCGGGUCCGGCGAAGCCCGAUUGAAGACUCGAAGGUGGCGCAGCCUCGCCUCUCUUUCCCUCGCUUCGCAGGUCGAAUCCUAACUCGAACUCGAACUGACAUGGGAGUAUGGGCGAGAGUUCCGGCGAGUCCGUUUUCGCCCUGUCACCAAUCACCAGUCACCAGUCGCCAAUCGCCUUGGAACAUGGUCGCACCCACCCUCCACCUUCAAACAUCCCAGGUCGGUACUUACAUAACGGUUACUUUACUUACUUUACUUACUUUACUUACUUUACUUACUUUACUUACUUUACUUACUUUACUUUACUCCGCGCAGUAUCCGUUAUCGGCUUUGAUGGACUAUUGGGCCGUUGGGGCCUGGAGGUUUCUGCCUUAUGUAGUUAUGCAUGGAUGUGUUCGGAAGUCCAUCUCCAGAAUCUUCAGACUCCAGACUCCGGAGACCAGAGUGCGCUGCUAGUUGGUGACUGGAACUGGUGACUGGUGACUGGUGAC